GACGGCUAUGUCCAGCUCUUGUUUGCGCCGAAAGGGAUCGCUCCUCUAAACGACACGGACGUUACUAGCUCUCCUAACAAGUUCUUCGGGCAGAACGUCUUCAAUUUCAGCUCUUACGGCAAUGUAGCACUCUCUGGGGGAAAUGGAUUUGAUACACGGCUCGGUGUCUAUGGAUGGCCUAAUGUCAGUCUCAGUGAACUCGCAGCUGGCCGGUACACACUACAAGCCUUUCUCAACCGCUAUGAGACAGUGAAACGAAGUGACGGGUCGACAGUCAGCAUACGCUUUCCCUGUGGCGACGGCACUCUCCCAAUCGACGGCCCAGGUAGUCUGAUGAGUUCAGCUAUCGAUGUCGAAAUCACGGGCGGUAGACAGACCAUUGAUCUGGUAUUCAGCAAUAUCUCGGCAGCAUUGAAGUUCAACGGAACCGAGAUCGGCGGAUGCUCUCAAGGCAACUACCUGGACACUCCAACGCUGAAGUAUGUCAAGAUUCGAAGCAAAGUGCUGAGCGAAUGGUGGAAUCGCGAUAGUUACGUUGGAGCUACGGUCCUGCUACCACAUGGAUAUCACAAUAGCACCGAACGUUAUCCUGUCAUCUAUAACCAGAAUCAUUGGACUGACGCAUCCGGUGCUUACGGGUAUCCCGAAACCAACUUCUCGCAAGGUUGGGAUGAAGGCCUAAUUCCCGGUGAGGAUGGCGAGCCUGAUCGACCAGCGCCGAAAAUGAUACUGGUGACGUUUCGCCAUGAGACGCCGUUCUACGAUGACUCUUAUGGAGUGAAUACAGCCAACAUCGGGCCUUAUGGCGAUGCUAUCAACGAUGAGCUCAUACCUGUCAUUGAACAGAUGUUCAGAACCAUUCCAGAACCCUACGCACGAAUCCAAGACGGAGGCUCUACAGGCGGCUGGAUUUCUAUCGCGAGUGUCAUCUUUCGACCCGACCUCUUUGGCGCUUGCUUCUCCUCAUACCCUGACUCCUUGGACUUUCACCGCCAUCAGGACAUCCCACUAUACACCUCCAAGAACGCUUAUUUCCGUGAGAACGGCACAGCACGUGGCUCGAUCCGAAGAUUCGUCAACGGCACAGAGCAAAUUCUCGCUACCAUCGCGCAAGAAAACCACUGGGAACUCACCCACGGCACAUCGUCUCGUUCAGCCCUGCAAUGGGACGUCUGGCAAGCCGUCUUCGGAGUCCAAGGCUACAACAACUAUCCCCUCGAAACGUGGAACAAGGUCACAGGAGAAAUCUAUCCCGAAGCAGUCGAGUACUGGAAAUCCAUGGACUUGGCCAACUACCUCCUCACAAACUGGGACAACAGCCGCAACCUCGGCGAAGCUCUUCGUGGCCGUAUAUUCGUCUACGUCGGGACCUGGGAUACUUACUACCUCAACGAAGGCGUCUCAGAAUUCCAGAAAAGAAUCGAAGCGAAAGGUGGAGUCGGGUGGGCGAAUUUCACGAUUUUACCCGAGAAGAUUCAUGGGGGGAUUUAUAAUUCUUUGGAUCUGUGGGCGUAUUUGGAACUUGUGGAUGCUUGGAUCCGGGAUCAUGCGCCUGAUGGGAGGACUCCUUUGCAGAAGAAUUCGACGGUGACUUCUGGGAGGGGGAAUCUUUGGGAGGAUGUUAUCAAGACUGGUGGACGGCGGGCUGCUGUGGAGAGACAGGCUUCGCCGGUUUUGAAACGGCGGGGAACCGGGACCAUGAUUGAAGCGAGUGUCGGGCGUUGGGAUCCUGGCGUGGAGCUUGAAGCGCAAUGGUUUGGUGAUGGACGGCAUUUGAGUCGGGCUUUUGCUGUGAGACAGGGACGUUCGAUUUCGUAUGAUGAGGAGGGGAUGAGGAGCAGAGGUCGCUGGCGUCAGAUACAGCUCCGUGUCACGGGGCGUAAGAUGGGAUACGUGGAUGAGACGCGUGAGAGCAAUGUUAUCUCGACAGGCAGAUGA